CUCAAUUGAUGGGCGUACAGAGCUGAGCAGUGCUGCCUGCUGGGAUGCCGUCGCUGUUACCGGGAGAGGUAGAGCGUCAGUAGAGCCACGGACAACCAGAAACAAAACACAGCAGCGCACCGAUUGACCCCUUCCCGGACCCGUUUUGACUAUCUACCGGGCGGCUACCGGAGGAUGUUUGAGCCAGGAUGCUGCGCUUCCCUGUGAAGAAGAUCCGGAAGCAGUUCAAGCUCCUGCUGCUGCUGGUACUGCUCACCUCCGCCGUGUGGUUCACCUACCUGCACAUCAACCAGGGCAAGACCAUCAAACUUCACUUUAACUACGGAAAAGAUGGAGAGAGACAGACGGAGGGGACGGACGCCAGCCGUAAGAGGGACACUCGCUCUUCAGCCGGCCACCACAAGAGUGAGGACACCAGCGACAGCAGGGAGGACGAGGCUGCAGAUGAUGAGCCGAUCACAGGAGGGGCCCGAGGCAGAGACCAUACCCGCAUCCGGAAGUUCCUCAGCCAGCGGCACAAGAAAAUGCCAUGGAAACCGGAGUAUAAGGGCCAGGCCAACCUGCAUGUGUUCGAGGACUGGUGUGGCUCCUCUACAGCCCAACUCAGAAAGAACCUGCACUUUCCUCACUACCCUCAUACCAGAACCACACUGAAGAAGCUGGCAGUUGCUCCGAAGUGGAAGAACUAUGGCCUGAGAAUAUUUGGCUUCCUUCACCCUUACAGAGACGGUGAUUUCCAGUUCUCGGUGUCGUCUGAUGAUAACUCUGAGUUCUGGCUGAGUCCUGAUGAGAGCCCUCUCAACGCCAGACUGCUGGUCUAUGUAGGACAGCUGGGUACAGAGUGGACCGCUCCGGGCGAGUUCAGCAAGUUCAGGUCCCAGUCCUCCAAGUCUGUGCACCUAAUCUCAUCCAGACGAUAUUACUUUGAGAUCCUCCACAAGCAGGAUGACAAGGGCUCGGAUCACGUGGAGGUUGGGUGGCGACCGUUCCUCCCUGGUCUGAAGUAUGAAGUGAUAGACUCUGCCUACAUCUCCCUGUACACAGACGAGUCCAAUCUGAAGAUGAACAGCGUGGACCACGUCCCCCAGACCUUGGCCAGUCACAUCCGUCUCCCAGAGGAGGCUCACCCCCAGGGUCUGGAGGGAGGCAGCAUCGUGCAGCACGGAGCGGACAUGCUGAAGCCGGACCCCAGGGACACCUUCUACAGCACUCCUAUGAUCGACCCCUCCCGACUGGAAAACGUUCUUCCAGCCUGUCUCUACUCUCCAACAUAUGUAGUCAAAGAUUUCCCCAUCGCCAGAUACCAGGGCCUGCAAUUUGUCUAUCUGUCCUUCGUGUACCCCAAUGACUUCACACGUCUCACCCACAUGGAGAGAGAGAACAAGUGUUUCUACAGAGAGUCCCCUAUCUACUUGGAGAAGUUUGGUUUCUACAAAUAUAUGAAGAUGGAUGAGGAGGAAGAUGACAGACCGUUCUUUUUCCCCAACCCAGAUGAUUUCCUCGACGAAGAGGAAGUGGUAGACGUAGAGGACGAGGCAGAGAUCGUUGGCACGCAGUCGCCCAAGAAGCCCUCUCAUGCGAGCCAGUCGAGCCACACCUCCAACCCCUCGCAUCAGCACUCAAAGUCUGCGCCAACGCCAGCUGGCAGAGAAGGGGAAGAAGAGGAGGAGGACCCUGAGGAGGAGGAGGAGGAGGAGGAGGAGGGAGUAGUCAAAAGUAUCAUACGCCGCAGAGAACGCAGACACUUUCCUCACAGAGAUGGACAGAUGGGUAGGGAUCUGGAUUGGGGAAGAGAUCAUACAAAUGUGAGACAGGACACCAGGAAGGAACUUGAAGAGCCCCAAACCAGGGGGCUUCAGCCUGACAUGGACAGUGUUGUCCGGGCUCGCACCCUGUCUUGGAUCCGCACUGGUCCUGCAGAGUUGAGCCCUGGCAGAAAAGGAGGAACAGGUGGUGGAGGGGAGAAGGGAGCUGAGACUCUGCCGAAACUGAGCAAGUCUUCACUCCUUUUCCCCCAAAAGUCCUCCCUCUCCGCCCUUGCCAGCCGAGCCAAGCUGAUACUCAGCAACUCCGCCCACAGUAACAACCGCCAUGAUAACAACAACAAGCUUGCUGGAAAGAAGAAGGAGAAGAGGGAGGAGAACAAGAUCUACAUCACCAGGCCUCGCCCUGCCAAGGAGCGGGAGAAGGAGAGGGAGAGGGAGCAGCGUCGAGAGAGGAGGGAGGAGAGGGCAUCUCGCCACCCUAGAGAGGUGUUCCCGGGGGUCUUUCUGUACCAAACUGGGAAGACGACAAGGCUGGUCAACCGGGGAGCCAAAGAACAUGUUGGGAGACAGAAGGGCAGAAGUCUUGUUAAUGCCCCUCAGCUCUGGCCCAACCCCCCAACAAAAGAGGGUAAGUCAUCUCCUCACAAUGGAAGCAUCAACACACAGAAUGAAAGUGUACAGAAGUCUGCCCACAGGGCAGCGGGGGCAAAGCAACCAAUGAAAAGCAAGAGGAAAGGAGAUCACCGGAAUUUAAAGACUACUGAUGCACCCAGCAAAGGGGACCCACUAACCCUACAAUCUCAUCAUCAAGACCUCACUCUAGUUACCCAGCAAAGGCUAAAUUCCACAGAAAACAUGCUCAAAGGUCAAACACGGGUCACCUCCUACCUCAGGACCUCCGAGAUCACAGAGUCCCAGCAGCAGCCAGACCCGGUCCCUAACCCGGCAGAACUCGGCCAGGAUACAAACCGCUCUAAUGCCGAGCCCGACCCUGAUCCCGAGCCAGAACCAGAGGAGGGCGAGUUGUCGGACUACAGCUACGAGGAGGUCGAGGCUCGGCCAGGUUGGGCAGAGGAGAGCAUCAACUGGCAGAGGACCUUCUCAGUCAAUCCGAUGGACUUUGAGCUGCUGCGCUCUGACUGGAAUGACCUGCGCUGCAAUGUGUCUGGCAAUCUCCAGCUGGCAGAGAGUGAGGUGGUGGACGUGCUGGCGCAGUACAUGGAGAAACUCAACGAACGCAACGGAGGGAUCUACACCCUGCUGCGAAUCGUCAACGUUGAGAAGCGGCGCGACUCGGCGAGAGGGAACCGUUACCUCGUGGAGCUGGAGCUAAUGGAGAGAGGCCGCAGCGUGGUGCGUCUGUCAGAAUACAUUUAUCUGCUGCUCCACCGCAGCAGGCAAGGAGAGGAAAGUCUAGAGAACACUGACUUUGCCCCGGCCUCUGCACCAGCUUCGGCCCCAUCCGCUGCCACAUCCAGCCUCACCACCCCACCGCCCCCUCCCUCCACCAGGCCCCCCGCCCGGCCCGGAGCGACCCCCUGGAGCACCGCCUAUGCUAAGCCUCUGCUCUGCCAGCCGGUCAUGCUGCAGUGGAGGAGAGAUGUCAUGGUGCACUUUGUGGUGCCAGUGAAAAACCAGGCUCGCUGGGUACAGCAGUUUAUCUCUGACAUGGAGAAUCUUCAUCGCCAGACAAAAGAUGACAAUUUCAGCAUCAUCAUCGUCGACUUUGAGAGUGAAGACAUGGACGUGGAGCAGGCACUGAGAGAGAGCAGUGUGCCAAGAUAUGAGUAUCUGAGGAGAGAAGGGAACUUUGAGCGCUCAGCAGGACUGCAGAUCGGAGUGGACACUAUUGAGGAUGGUCACAGCAUUGUGUUCCUGUGUGAUCUGCACAUCCACUUCCCCCUCAACAUCUUGGAAAGCAUCAGGAAGCACUGUGUGGAGGGGCGCCUUGCUUUCGCUCCCAUCGUCAUGAGACUCAGCUGCGGCAGUUCGCCACAGGAGCCUGAUGGUUACUGGGAGGUGAACGGCUUCGGCUUGUUUGGAAUCUACAAGUCUGAUUUCGAUAAGAUUGGCGGGAUGAACACAGAGGAAUUCAAAGACCGCUGGGGUGGAGAGGACUGGGAGCUGCUGGACAGGGUAUUGCAGAAUGGUUUGGAGGUAGAGAGACUACGCUUGAGGAACUUCUUUCACUACUACCACUCCAAGCGAGGCAUGUGGAACGCCCAAAACAAGAAAACACCUAAGGGAUAGCGCCCCCUGCUGGUCAGAGGAUUCUGAACCUACCUGCAGAUCCACUGUGUGUGUGAGAGAGAGACCUGUAGGAGCUCGCUCACUGCCUGAACUCUGCCUUUAUUUGAAACAGGCUCCUUUCAGGAACGCCUUUGUUUCACCAUCGGCCCCUCUCGUAUGCUUGUCUGUAUGAAGAGUCCAAAUCUGAACUUUACAAGCGAGCCGUUUACGCAGACAGCCCUGAGUCAUCACUUUGCCUCACUGACUCAACUACUGUACAGAGAGAAGAGAGUUAUUUUUGUUCUCCUUCUCUCUGUCCUUUUUUUGGUGCAAUGUUUUCAGACAGACUGGAAAGCAGCUGUUUUUGUGUGUUUGUGUGUAUGCUUGGGUAUGUACAUAUAUAAGUGUGUGUGGGUGUGUUGCCGCUUGAGUGAGCUUAUGAUGAGAGGAAGCACCUUUUUUCUAACAAGGAGAUGUGAAGACAACCUAAGAUCUUUUUUUCUAACACGCUCUCACGUGGGAGCCUAAUAGAAUGUGUGUCAACAUGUUGUUCAGAUAGAUCCACACAUGGUGGCGUAGAUCGAGUAGAGGAACUCUGUCUUUGGUAAAACCAGUAAUUCUAAAUACAUCAACUACUACCUGUUGGAUAUCAUUAACCAGUAUGAGGUGCUGACGUUCUCCUGAUAUUAUGAAACAAAGAAAGUUUUUGAAUCAGAAAAGCCCUUUUCCAAACAGAUACUGACAGAUAUGUCAUCUUUAUAUCUCUUUCUGUCCCUCUCUCUCCCUCUGUAUCUUUUUUAUCUUCAUCUCGUUUCUUAUCUGUCUGUUUCAAUGUCAAGAAAAUUUGUUUUUGUAUCUGUUGAAACAUUUUACGUACUCCACCCAUAUUAAUGCUAGCUAUCAGAUAUGACUUGAUUAAUUUUGUUUCAUUAACUGUUUGUUCUGCUGUUAAAGGGGUUUUUCAUUGUCCUGUCCUGAGUAAGGAUGCACUAAUAUUUGGGGUGCUAUUUCCUGUUCUAAAACACAGUUUACACCGUUUAACUCUACUGACGGUAUCCUUCAUUCCCUCCACAUCUCUUAACUUAUUAUUGUCAACUGGAACAUAACACUGUAACAAGGGGGAGGCAGACAACAUUUUUCUGGCAUUUGAUUUAAUGUCGUCACUUUGUAUUAAGCAUUUUCAGAGUUUAGAGUUGCAUUUCGAAUAUUUGAGUUUGAGGGAUUGAAACUCUAUCUCUGGAAUUAAAAUACCACCAAGACAGGGAAUGCUUACCUGCCGAAAACACUCUUCUUUUAAGCUUGCCCAAAGCUCCAACAGAAGGGAGACCAGUUCAUGUGUUGGACACGAUGUGGCAAGGCAUGGCUGUUUCACAAAUGUGUGCCUUUAUCAGGGUUUGGCUGCAGGCAGUUUUUAAACGACUCUAAUGACAGAAGAGGGCAAGGGACAGACAGAAAUACACAGUUAUUUAUCAGCAGGCUGUAAUGUCACUGUAAAUUUAGAUACACUGUAAAAGAGGGAAAUAUGGUUCUCUUCAGUGGAUUACAGAAGUGUCAGUGUGUUUGUUAUAUUACCUUAGAAGCAGGAAGGAGUGGUCUUUGCGAGCCAGUUACCCCAUUGGUGAGAUACACAGAGAUGGUACUAAUGACUACUGAGUGCAAUCAGGAGGUGUGAUGGAGACUCACUGGCAGCUGCAGUCCAGCAGGACCCCACCUGCUCCCGUUAGUUUGGCUGGAGGCUGGGCUCCUAAUGCCUCUGUUUAUGCAACAUGGUACUUAUAUUGAUGGAGAGUGGCUGGAGGGCUCAAGGCUGGACAUAUAUGUGGAUGAGAGUUAAUGAUCUGUUAUUGACUAUAUGAUUGUCAAAAUGCCCUCCAAGACCAUUUCUUUGCCUCAACAGGGAAAUGGUCUAUACUGUACGUCAUUUAACACUGACAUGGGACUAUUUAAAGAACAAAAGAAACACAUUAAAUAUAAGACUAUAUAUAUGACAAACAUAAAAAUGAAAAAUAGGAAUAUACAUUCCAAGGUAAUUUCUGUGAAAUUGUUUUGUAGAGAUAAAGGUUUUAAGAAUGUAUUGUACUUUUAUUUUGAUUUGUUGUUUUUUUGCAAAUAAAAUUUUAUGCUUACAUCCAGA